AUGUUGGCUAUCGGUGAUAACAUCUUACGUGGUAUUAACUUCGUCAUCCUCAUCAUUACCCUUGGGAUUACUGCUAGUUUGGCGUCUGGCAAUUUCAACAACAACCCACAGGUAAACUUUGCUGUUUUCGCCGCCACCUUUGGUAUUUUGUUCUCCUCCAUUUACGGUGCUCUUGCUAAUGUCAUUUCUGCCUUGGCCGUGCCAAUUGUGUUGACCGUGAUCGAAUUCUUGAACUUUGUCUUCACGUUUGCCGGUGGUGCUGCCUUAGCCACCGCCAUCAGAGUCCACUCAUGUAGCAACUUUGACUACGUCUUUGACAACAAGAUUGCCCAGGGUUCCGAGGGUAGAUGCCGCAAGGCCCAGGCUUCCACCGCGUUCCUUUUCAUCUCCUCUUUCAUCUUCCUCGCCUCUUUGGGUUUCCAAAUUUACGGUGUUGCGUCUAGGGGUGCAUUCGGAGUUGGUUCUAAGAGAGCCUCCGGCGGUAUUCCAACCGCCCAGGUUUAA